UCUCUGCAACGCCGUCUGCCUGUUCGGGUGCUCUUGCUGUCAGCUUGGCCAUCUCGCACAGGGUAGAACGCAGGAGUGUUGGAGUUCGCUCUUACCAGACCUCUACUUGAUUGGACCAGCACCGGCCAACUCCCCUUGUUUACGCGACCUUGGGUGAUCCUGCAAUCUUGUCUUGAGGUUGUUACGGAACUGUGAGUUCUUUCAACGUCAAUACAAGCUGCGGCAGGAGCGUGCUGCUACGGGGUGGUCGUGGUUAGGCACGCGAGAACGUGAGAACGGACAUCUGGAUCAGCCAUGUCCAUGUACAUCCGGCUAAAGCGCCACAACACGACGGUGUUCAUGCACUGCGAGCCGGCGGACAACUUCGCCACCAUCAAGGCCAAGGCGGGCAAGCUCUUGAACAUCGAACCGGGACAGAUUGGCCUCUUCGCCACGCGGGAUAAGGCGAGGGAGCUGGUGGACUUAGCAACAAUUGGCGAUCAAGAGAUCGACAACGACCAAGUCUUGUACGUCGUCAAGAGAUCAGGGGAUGGUUACGAGGAUGUGAACGUGGCCAACACCGACGGAACCAACCCCGCAGAAGGCGACGUGGAAAAGUGAAGUGAAGUGACCUGGCCUACCUCAAGUGAUAUUCGAUCGAUCGAUCAACAGCGCACCCCGGAGCUAUCAUGUCAUUGCAGAUCCGGGCUCCCAGCCCCGCCCCUCCGAGGGUGUGAUUGAUGUGUAAUUACCAAAUAAUCUCGUGGAAGAUUCUCGAGUGCUGCUGGUGCUGGUGCUGCUACCGCUGGUGCUGGUGCUGGUGCUGGUGCUGAUUCGGUCGUUUCCCGACAUUAUGUUUUCUGGGUGGAAGAUCCUCCCGUGGUGCUGACUGGGUCAUUUUCCGACAUUCUGGUUUCUGGCGAUGAUCAUGGGGCCAUCGGUGGCAGUUGCGUUGAUCGUCACUUGUUUUCCGGACGGCGGCGGUACAUAGCGUUUGGUUGACGGAGUCGGGACGGCAGUUACUUUUGAUUUGUUGUUUCCGCGUGCCGACGUUGACCAUUGCGCCAGAUGUGAAGCCCCAGCGAACGCAAGGCGACCGUUGAAAAUGUCGCGCUCUGGUCAACGCAAGCGAGUGUUGUUGGUGUCCUUCAGGACUAAAAUGUCGCUUAUUGGUGACUCCUUGCUUGUGCCUCGGCCCGUGUGGCUGGAUACUCAACAGAUCGCACGGGCGCGGGGUUCAUUCUCAGGUUUCGCCGAAUCACUCAUCCAGGAUAAAAAGACCCGGCGCUUCAUCAUUCGUGUCCUGUGUCUGAACAACCUGAACUUCUGUUGACAACUUGUUGUCGGACGAUACGGGAGACCCGUCGUCAACGGGGCUAGCUGCACGGCAGAUUUUUUUGCCGUACAUUGUUUUUUCCUGUCUGAAUCACCAGUACAUGUGGCGACAGAUCUAUGGCUGUUCUACUGCUGGCCACGAGAUAUAUUGCGCUUCCGAAGGUAGAAGGGGCGGGGCAUGAAUGAUGGAGUUUCAAAAUAGUUAUUUCAUUGCAUCCGCUAGGGAUGUUUCGGUGUCCCUUUUGGCAUGCAUGCAGGUGCACCAAGUUCAAUCAGUUUUGCAGGAGACACCGCAUCGUCGGUCUUCCGUGUUUGCCGCCCUCCAGGAUACACCGCAUCGUCGGACUUCCGUGUUUGCCGCCCUCCUCUCUUUACGAUUAUGG